AUGGAAGUUCAGUCAGAAGGGAGCAGAGGCCGAAUAUACAGUGCAUUUGUCAGUGGAAGUUGUCAAAUCAUAACAGUUCAUGGAAGUUCAGUCAGAAGGGAGCAGAGGCCGAAUAUACAGUGCAUUUGUCAAAUCAUAACAGUUCAUGGAAGUUCAGUCAGAAGGGAGCAGAGGCCGAAUAUCAUUUGUCAAAUUCAGUUCAUGAAGUUCAGGAAGGGAGCAGAGGCCGAAUAUACAGUGCAUUUGUCAAAUCAUAACAGUUCAUGGAAGUUCAGUCAGAAGGAGCAGAGGCCGAAUAUACAGUGCAUUUGUCAAAUCAUAACAGUUCAUGGAAGUUCAGUCAGAAGGGGAGCAGAGGCCGAAUAUACAGUGCAUUUGUCAAAUCAUAACAGUUCAUGGAAGUUCAGUCAGAAGGGAGCAGAGGCCGAAUAUACAGAGGCCGUCAAUAUAACAGUUCAUUUCAGUCAGAAGGGAGCAAGGCCGAAUAUAACAGUUCAAAUGGAACAGUUCAGUCAGAGAAGGGAGCAGAGGCCGAAUAUACAGUGCAUUUGUCAAAUCAUAACAGUUCAUGGAAGUUCAGUCAGAAGGAGCAGAGGCCGAAUAUACAGUGCAUUUCAUGGAAGUUCAAGAAGGGAGCAGAGGCCGAAUAUACAGUGCAUCAAAUGGGAAGUUCAGUCAGAAGGGAGCAGAGGCCGAAUAUACAGUGCAUUUGUCAAAUCAUAA